AUGCCCAGGUAUGGGCGCUUUCGAACUUCAUCGUUCCGUCGAUGUGCUAAGCAUAAACUUUUCCGGCACUUGUCUUCCAUUUCAUCACGAAGCGAUCACCAUCAAAACAAACAACAUGUUUCUUUCUUACUAUCAACAAUUGAUGAGAAAACUUUGAAUUUCAAUUCGUCCGCAUUCGCAGACUUAUCGCCAAAGCCAUUCCUUCGAUCGAGUACAAUGCUUCCAACAUUCAAUCGAAAUCAGGACUUCUCUCCAACGACAAAAAUACCUCACGCACCGCCGCUACCUGCGAAUUUUUCGGAAAAACUGUCUACUGAAACAUUGAAAUCAACUGAUUUCACUAAAGCUAUCAAAAGCCGAACUAGUUCAAUCACACCUUCCGGUACAGACCUUUCUCAAUCAAUGUUAAUUCGACCAAGUCAAAUAACUGAACCACCACCUAUCAUUCAAAUGGGAAAGUCGAAAACGUAUUGUAAUCCGAUUAUAAAGCCGAGUCUACGCAAUCGACGUCGAACACCGUUAACACCAGAUGUACUAGCUUUGACAAAACUUCGUCGUCCUGAACAUAUUAAAUCGAGCAUUGCCCAACGAAUCGAAGAAUUAAAGCAAGCUUCACUGGUUCACUCUCAGUCAUUUGAUGAAAACUCGGACAAGCAAACGGAUGUUCUGAUAACAUGCGAAUACAAAAAUAAUAACCAAGAACGUAAGUGGCUCGAAGAACAAUCACAGAAACAAUCGACUAUUCGAUUUUUAAACACAAAGAACUCUGUGGAAUUAAACAACCGUCUCUUUCAAAUACGUAGUGUUGAAUUUCUCGAUCAUGUCAACGUUCGUUUUCAUGCACAAGAGAAGCUUUUCGAAGACAAUUUCUUAAACAAAUACUUGAAACAAAUCAGCAUCAUCACGAUACUAAUUCUCAGCAUCCUCCGACUAAUUGAAAACACACUAUCCAAUCUAGCGAUACCAGGUAUACAAAUUAUUCUCAAUUUGAUCUACGUUUUCAUACUGACCACUGUUGCAAGUAUCCUCAUUACAAAUCAAAAAUGA